GAGGAGCUCACCUGUCAACACACAGGUGACAAGAUUUCAAGCUAAUUCUGUGGUGAGAUGUGUAUUGACAUUACUCUCAGGAAAAGAUCAACCUCAUUCAGACAGAUGGUCUAUAAGAGUUGGCUAUUAGUAGGUCUCCUGAUCCUUGGCAAUGUUUUCUUGCUAUGCUUUAUGAUUGCUACCCUUGAGAGAAGGAAAUGGUGGAAGCUGGAGAAAAUAUCAGAGACCUAUCAUGUUGCUUACCCCCAAAAAUACAGAUUUAUCAUUGACCAGCCACAGAAGUGUCAACAGCAAAACCCAUUUAUGGUGGUUAUUGUCCCUGUGGCCCCUGAGAACUUUGAGGCACGCAAUGCUAUCAGGACUACAUGGGGGAGUACAAAUCUGGUCAGGGACAAAAUGGUGCUGGUUCUUUUUCUGCUGGGCUCACAUAGAAAAUCUGGUCAAGAUACAUUGCAGGACCAACUCCAGAUUGAAAGCCAGCAGUACCAAGACCUGCUACAGAGUAACUUCCAGGAUUCCUAUAGGAACUUAACCAUCAAAACCAUGGUGAUGAUGGAAUGGCUGAGCAGGAAUUGUCCACAGGCAUCCUAUGCUGUUAAGGUGGAUGCAGAUGUGUUACUUAACAUAAGAAACCUAUUAUAUAUGCUUGUGAAUCUGAAAGAACUACAAAGCAACUACAUCACUGGCCUAGUACUGUUCAGCAACAGUGUCUCGAGAGACCCAUCUAGUAAGUUUUUUCUCCCCUACGAUGUGUACCCCAAAAACAGAUUUCCUCCAUAUCCAGUGGGAAUGUGUUACAUCUUUUCAAUGGACCUUCCAAUGAAGAUUCUAAAAGUCUCCAGGCAAAUUAAACCCAUAUUUAUAGAGGAUGCAUAUCUUGGCAUGUGUUUAAAGCAUUUGGGAAUUAAACCUAGAAAACCACCAAAUAUGCAACAGUUUGUGGUCCAACAACCUCAACAAUACAAUCGCUGUUUCUACUCUAGUCGGAUAGCAAUACUUACAGACUGCCCGACUCAGCUGAUUACUUAUUGGACAGAUAUUCACUCCUCCAACACACCCUGCUUCUGAGAUUUGGAAAGAAGAGAAUAUAUCUAAAGUUUCAAGUUCUGUUUAAUUUAUUUUACAAAACCAAACCAACCUAUUUGCUUUUACAA